UUGGAGCUCGUUGAUUUCUGGGUCUACGGUUUCAAUCUUGUUUCCAUGCUCUUUCUUGGUCAUCUCGUUUGUCUAAUUUUGGGUUUGGAAUAUUCGUGGCAAUGGCGAUUUCAUUGGGAAGCUGUUGCAAUCGGCUGUGUUUGAGUAGAACGUGUCUGACUCUGUCUUUGGUGUCUCUAAGAGAGAGAGAGAGAGAGAGAAAGCAAACAGAGCAAUAUUUUUCUUCUGCUUUCUUUUCUCUUUUCUUUUUCUGGGUGUUCUUUGUCAAAUUUAAAAUCGAGGGAAGGCGUAAAAACAGAGGAAUUUCUUUCGUAUAAUUCGAAAUCUUUUGAAGCGGAAGCUUUGAUGAUCGAGGUUCCAUCUGCUGGAAUUUGAGGGGACAAACAUGACCACGAGAUUCAAGAAAGGAAGUAAAGUGGAAGUAUGGAGCACGAAGGAGAUGCCCGUGGGUUCCUGGCAAUGUGCUGAAGUGGCUGGUGGUAAUGGUCACACUUAUACAGUUCAAUACUGCAGCUAUGGCAGCGCAUCUUGUGAGACUACAAUGGAGAGGGUAUCUGGAAAGGCUAUCAGACCUUGCCCACCUGCACUGCAGGCGUUGCAGAUGUGGACUCCGGGUGAUAUCGUGGAGGUUUUCGAGAAUUUCUCCUGGAAAAUGGCGAUGGUAUUGAAGGUCCUUGGGCGAAGUAACUUUCUGGUGAGAUUUCUGGGAUCACCUAGGGAGUUUGGUGUUGGCAAUGCUCACAUAAGGGUGAGGCAGUCGUGGAAAGACAACAGAUGGAUUGUGAUCGGACAGAUUUCAGCCAUUGCUGAUGACCGGAGAGGCGACCUAUGUCAAGACUUGACGCACGAUCAAAGUCCCGGCAACACUAUUCAAAUUGCAAAUGUAAGGAAGAAAGCAUCUAUUAGAGAUGGCUGCAUUCCCAUAAAAAAGAGACCGGUAUUUGAGGAGUCCCAUGAUACUUUGAAAACAGAAUCGCCAUAUGAAUGCUCUAGGGUUGAAUCACCUGCUAGAGCUUCAAAGAAACGUCGAGCAAUUGACAAAAAAGGAAGAUGUUUUCCUGUCAGUGCAACUCGAUCUACACCAGCAGAAAGGGUUGGUUCUGCGGCGUUUCAGCGAGAAACUUGUGGUGCAAACACUGCAUGUGUCUAUUCAAAGAAAGAAGCAGCCAUACUAUCCAAAGUAGACGAGUGUGGAAUGAAACCAAGUGGGGAUGUUGGUCGUCCUUAUCCAUCACAAUCAAGAUCUGAUGCUGAUGGCGAGACAUGCUCGGUUGGAAGUUGUACUGUGGCUAGUGAAUCAUCCAGUAACUUUUCUGCAGACCCUUUUGACGAUGUUAAUAGUUAUGCCAAUGAGACGGAAUCGAUUAGUUGGCAGAAUAAAGAACAGGUAUUGGAGGCAGAAAUCCACAGAUUAGAGUUACAUGCAUAUCGUUGCACAUUAGAGGCAUUUUAUGCAUCAGGACCUCUAAGUUGGGAGCAAGAAGCAUUGAUUUCUAAUCUUCGUCUUUCGCUCCAUAUAUCAGAUGAUGAACACUUGCUGGAGCUCAGAAACUUGGUCUUUUCGGAUAAUAUCAUUCCGCUGGGUAGACAGUAAUUCACCUUAGAGUAGCAAAAUCUUAACUUUGUAGCAAGAGGAUUGUAUGGUACAUUUCUCUAAGUUCUAUCGAGAUCUAGUUAUCUACAUCUCUCCUUUAUAAUUGUCAGAUACAUGGUCCCGACGAGAUGUGUCUAGCAGACCUCGAUGUUAAAAGCCUUGGUUUGUACUUGUCAUCAGCAUGAUGAUCUUUUGAUUCGACACAUCAGUUCUCAAUA